CAAAGAAAAGCCGCCCUGUGACCACGAAUCAGCAGAAAGGAAGCAAACCCUGAUUACGGCAAGCCAAGCCCUCAGAGGGGCGUGUCGGGGUGGACGCCCCCACCCCCUUUGAGUGCAAAAGGGCUGGACAGCGAAGUUCAAGUGCUGGCAGGAGAGACGCGCGGCAACCAAAGUCGCUCACUUUCAGAGACGGACUGAUCCCUUCUGCGCAAUCGGACCCCAGGAAAGCCGCCCCCCGCCCCCCCCCUUACUGGCCGAGGAGCGCCGGCACUUUGAAAGCGCCUGGGUGCCCAGACCCCGGGAGAAGUGAGGGGUGCGAAGGCGGAGCCACUGGCCUAACGACACCCCCGCAAGGUCCGGCCCUCGCCCGCGUUCCUACCACCUUAGGGAGUUGGCGCCGGGAGCGGAAUCACCCUCUCAAUGAAAGGCAGAUGUCCCUUUAAGGUUUGCUUCGCAGCUCGUGGACUUUAGCCUAAACAAGGACCCGCGAAGCUGGCUUUAUUUGUCCAUGUCUCAGACAGAGCCUGGGAGGCUGCCAGUGGGAUUUCAGAGCACGAAGGGGCGGGGGGGGGGGGGGGGCGAUGUGGCAAUUCUGCGAGGCGAGUAGCGUGAACUGAACUUAGAGGCACUGGUGGAAAACACAGGAAAUCGCCCCCUGCUCCCCGGACGCCGGGGCCGACCGGCCAGCGACUGAGACCCCCGGCGGCGAGCAACCCGGCUCCUGCGCGCGGUUCCGCCGAGUCCUCGCCUCCGAUCCCGCGCGUCCCCGGGGCGCUGCGCCCACUCCAGUCAUGGACCCCCGGCGCCGCGCCAGCCCAGGGGUCUCUGUCGCCUACUGCUGGCUCCUCUCCGGCUUCUGUGUGUCAUUCAAUGUUGAUGUGAAAAACUCAAUGACUUUCAGCGGCCCAGUGGAGGACAUGUUUGGAUAUACUGUUCAACAAUAUGAAAACGAAGAAGGAAAAUGGGUGCUUAUUGGGUCUCCUUUAGUUGGGCAACCCAAGAACAGAACUGGAGAUGUCUAUAAGUGUCCAGUUGGGCGAAGUGAAUCAUUACCUUGCAUAAAGUUGGAUCUCCCAGUUAAUACAUCAAUUCCCAACGUCACAGAAGUAAAGGAGAACAUGACAUUUGGAUCAACUUUAGUCACCAACCCAAAAGGAGGGUUUCUGGCAUGUGGGCCCUUGUAUGCCUAUCGAUGUGGACAUUUGCAUUACACAACUGGAAUCUGUUCUGAUGUCAGCCCCACAUUUCAAGUCGUGAACUCCAUUGCCCCUGUACAAGAAUGCAGCACUCAGCUAGACAUAGUCAUCGUGCUGGAUGGUUCUAACAGUAUUUACCCCUGGGAAAGUGUUACAGCUUUUUUAAAUGACCUUCUUAAAAGAAUGGAUAUUGGCCCUAAACAGACACAGGUUGGAAUUGUACAAUAUGGAGAAAAUGUAACUCAUGAGUUCAACCUCAAUAAGUACUCAUCAACAGAAGAGGUGCUUGUUGCAGCAAAAGGAAUAGUCCAGAGAGGCGGCCGGCAGACCAUGACAGCCCUUGGAAUAGACACAGCAAGGAAAGAGGCUUUCACUGAAGCCCGGGGUGCCCGAAGAGGGGUUAAAAAAGUCAUGGUAAUUGUGACGGAUGGAGAGUCCCAUGACAACCACCGGCUGAGUAAGGUCAUCCAGGACUGUGAGGAUGAAAGCAUUCAGCGGUUUUCCAUAGCUAUUCUUGGCAGCUAUAACCGAGGAAAUUUGAGCACUGAAAAAUUUGUGGAGGAAAUAAAAUCAAUAGCAAGUGAACCCACUGAAAAGCAUUUCUUCAAUGUCUCUGAUGAAUUGGCACUAGUCACUAUUGUUGAAGCUCUGGGAGAAAGAAUCUUUGCCCUGGAAGCUACAGUUGACCAAUCGGCAGCAUCCUUUGAGAUGGAAAUGUCUCAGACCGGCUUCAGUGCUCAUUAUUCACAGGACUGGGUCAUGCUUGGAGCAGUAGGAGCCUAUGAUUGGAAUGGAACAGUUGUCAUGCAGAAGGCUGAUCAAAGCGUAAUUCCCCAGAACACAACCUUUAAUGUUGAGUCCACAAAGAAGAAUGAACCUCUUGCUUCUUAUUUAGGUUACACAGUAAACUCUGCCACUAUUCCUGGAGAUGUGCUCUACAUUGCUGGACAGCCAAGGUACAAUCAUACAGGCCAGGUUAUCAUCUACAGGAUGGAGGGCAGAGACAUCAGGAUUCUCCAGACACUCAAUGGAGAACAGAUCGGUUCCUACUUUGGAAGUGUUUUAACGACAAUUGACAUUGAUAAAGAUUCUAAUACUGACAUUCUUCUAGUCGGGGCUCCCAUGUUCAUGGGAAGAGAGAAGGAAGAACAAGGAAAAGUGUAUGUCUACGCUCUGAAUCAGACAAGGUUUGAAUAUCAAAUGAGCCUGGAACCCAUUAAGCAGACUUGCUGUUCAUCCCUAAAGCACAACUCAUGCACAAAGGAAAACAAAAAUGAGCCAUGUGGGGCUCGUUUUGGAACAGCUAUUGCUGCUGUGAAAGAUCUCAACCUCGACGGAUUUAAUGACAUCGUGAUUGGAGCGCCCCUGGAAGAUGACCAUGGAGGAGCCGUGUACAUUUAUCACGGAAGUGGCAAGACUAUAAGGGAAGAGUACGCACAACGUAUUCCAUCAGGGGGAGAUGGCGAGACACUGAAAUUUUUUGGCCAGUCUAUUCACGGAGAAAUGGAUUUAAAUGGUGACGGUCUGACUGAUGUCACUAUUGGGGGCCUUGGUGGUGCUGCCCUCUUCUGGUCUCGAGAUGUGGCUGUUGUUAAAGUGACCAUGAAUUUUGAACCCAAUAAAGUGAAUAUUCAAAAGAAAAACUGCCGUGUGGAGGGAAAGGAAACAGUGUGUAUAAAUGCCACGGUGUGUUUCAAUGUGAAAUUGAAGUCCAAAGAAAACAUGGUUUAUGAAGCUGAUAUGCAGUACCGUGUCACAUUAGAUUCUCUAAGACAGAUAUCACGGAGUUUUUUCUCUGGAACUCAAGAGAGGAAGAUUCAAAGAAACAUCACAGUUCGAGAGUCAGAAUGCACUAAGCAUUCCUUCUACAUGUUGGACAAGCAUGACUUUCGGGACUCUGUGAGAAUAACUUUGGAUUUUAAUCUUACCGAUCCAGAAAAUGGGCCUGUUCUUGAUGAUUCUCUACCAAAUUCAGUACAUGAAUAUAUUCCCUUUGCCAAAGAUUGUGGAAACAAGGAAAAAUGUGUCUCAGACCUUGCCUUGGAUGUAUCCACCACAGAAAAGGGCCUGCUUAUUGUCAAGUCCCACAAUGAUAAGUUCAAUGUUAGCCUCACGGUCAAAAAUAAAAAGGACAGUGCCUAUAACACCAGAACCAUAGUGAAUUAUUCUCCAAAUCUAAUUUUUUCAGGAAUUGAGGCCAUCCAAAAAGACAGUUGUGAAUCCAAUCAUAAUAUCACAUGUAAAGUUGGCUAUCCUUUCCUAAGAAAAGGAGAAAUGGUAACAUUCAAAAUAUUAUUUCAGUUUAACACAUCUUAUCUCAUGGAAAAUGUGAUCAUUCAUUUAAGUGCAACAAGUGACAGUGAAGAGCCGCCUGAAACCCUUUUUGAUAAUGAAGUGAACAUUUCUAUCCCUGUAAAGUAUGAAGUUGGACUACAGUUUUCCAGCUCUGCAAGUGAAUACCAUAUUUCAAUUGCGGCCAAUGAGACUGUCCCUGAAGUUAUUAAUUCUACUGAGGACCUUGGAAAUGAAAUUGAUAUCUUCUACUUGAUUAGAAAAAGUGGGCAUUUUCCAAUGCCAGAACUUAAACUGUCAAUUUCAUUUCCCAAUGUGACAUCGGAUGGUUUUCCUGUACUGUACCCAAGUGGAUGGUCGUCUUCCGAGAAUGUCAACUGCAUACCCAGUAACCUUCAGGAUCCUUUUGGUAUCCACACUGGGAAGAAAAUAAUGAUAUCCAAAUCCGAAGAUAUCAAACGAGGCACCAUUCUGGAUUGCAGUGCAUGUAAAUUUGCCACCAUCACAUGUAAUCUGAUUCCGUCUGACACGAGCCAAGUGAAUGUUUCACUUAUCUUAUGGAAACCAACUUUUAUAAAAGCACAUUUUUCCAGCUUAAAUCUUACUGUAAGGGCAGAACUUCAGAGUGAAAAUACAUCACUAGUUUUAAGUGCUGGCAAUCAAAAAAGAGAGCUUGCUAUCCAAAUAUCCAAAGAUGGGCCACCAGGCAGAGUGCCACUGUGGGUUAUCCUGUUGAGUGCUUUUGCUGGAUUAUUGCUAUUAAUGUUGCUCAUAUUAGCGCUGUGGAAGAUCGGAUUCUUCAAAAGACCACUAAAGAAGAAAAUGGAGAAGUGAAAUAUUUGGAAGAGAAGAAGUAAUUAUUCAAUAAUCUAUCCUCAGGUUUGCCUCAAAUAUGUGACAAGAAAUUAAUAAAUACAAUCAAAGACAUAGUCACAUAACUUUAUGUAAUCCAUCAGGGAUUAGUCACUUAGAAAAUAACAGAUCAAGCAAGAUCCAAAAACAGUACCGUAAAGAUAUAUUUUAUAAAAUGUUGAAAAAUAUUUUAAAAUAAUUACUCAUUUUUGUUGAGUAAGCAAAAUUACAAAGUGUUUUGAAGCUGAAAAAUAACCUGUACAAAUAUGUUUAUAUAUUAAAUCACCAAAGUAUUUAAGGAAUACAGAAAAAGAUUUUUAUGAUCAUUGAAGCAUUUACUUUCAAAAUAAUAUAAAUUAAGCUUUUUCCAUUGAUUCCUGAUGGAUAUCCACAUUCAGCAUGAUAGUCAACAUCUGUGAAUGCAAAGAAAGGAAUUUUACCUGAAAAAGAUCACUUCCCCUCAUUUAAAUGAGAAAAAUUUUCCUAUAUACAGUAUGGACUGAAAAUAGAAUCAAAUCACAGAGAAUACAGUCAGCAUCUUUGUGUUGGGUUCUGUGCUUGGAAAAUUUUCUUUCCAAAGUGUUUGUAAACUAGUACAAUUGAGCUGAAAUUUUAUCUAGGAGAGAAAAAUCAAGAAAGACUCGUUGAAAAGCAAGUGCACUGAAUGGAUUAAUUUAAGCUUUUAUAGAACACACUUAAUUUUGAUAUUGAACUCUGAAACUCAAAACUCUUUUAUACUAAAAAUAACAGCAGUUUUAUGUGACAUGGCACUGAUUUGUGAUAAAAAAUCAUGUGUGCAGUAUAUGCAAAAAUGAUUUCUGAUAAUGUUGAUGGAUGCUGCAGAAAUGCUGGUCAUCUUUGCUGGGCAGCUUUUAAACAUGAAGGGUCCCAGGAUGUAACCCAGAGUAAGAGUUGAUUCAACUCUUUGGUACAUGGUUCAUUCAAACCCUCAAGCUGUGAGAGUAUGUUUAUUUUUCAUCUUUGUAAAGGUAUUUAAUUUUCCAAACACAAUUCUUUCUAUGAAAAGGCAGUAUUUCAUUUCAGUAUUGCAUUUUACCAACAAGCCACUGCUUUUUAAAUGUGGCAUAUCAAUAUUUAAAUAUAUCUCCAGAAAUGCAUUUUAAAGAAUUUCAAGUUUGAAACCUCAUACCAACAGAAAGACAUCACACUUUUGUAAGAGCUUCUUUGUUCUUGAAGUAAUCAUUAUGGUGCAUCGGACUCUACUGUAGCAUAAGUUCCUAGGUUGCUCCAUUUCUUGGAAAAAAAAACAACAAUGAAUGAAUGUAUAUGUAAACUACUGCUGUAAAAUUUGCUGCUACUUAUGCAGCAACUCCAUCUCUCUACCUGAUUGACUGUCACAAGAUCAGAAUCCAUCCUCAUCUAGAAAAUCCUGGGCUCUACUUUUCUCAAAAAGCAGCAAAUCAAUGGAAAAUAAUCAAAUGCCAUGGAUUUCUUUUUAAAAAACUAAUUUCCAGGGAAUUUUCUGUGAACUCAGAGGCAGCCUACCUCAUGGCUCUCUACAUCUGCACCUAAUAUCCUGAUGGUCAAAGACAGGCACCUGGGGAGUGCUGAGGACAUCAGUGGCUAAAAGAAAGGCUGUCUUUCCAGAGAUUUCGCAGCCUCUUGCUGGCCUGUCAUUUGUUCAGAUAUGUCCCAUUUUAGAAUUUUCUUCAUUCCCACCAUCUGUCUCCAGGUUCCAAAAUCAUUCUUUCCACCUGUCCUUUGCUCAACCAAGCAUCUCUCAUAUUCGGAGUCAUCACGGUGCACAGCCCGCUUAGCAGCUCUGCUCCAAGCUCAGCACAUUCUUAGAAAUAAAUCUGAUAGAUAAAAAAUUUUUUUAAUUCACACUUGUUCUCUGACUCCUAGAUAAAGCAUUCACUGAAUCAGGAGUAUGCAGAUUUCAACUAAAUAUAUUGUUAACCCAAAGGGGAAAAAUAGAAAAGAUGACAUUUUGAACAUAUUAGAAAAGAGGGGAAGAGGUAUUUGGCCAGAUCAAAUAGCUACUUAUAAGCUCUACACAGUUUUCAACAGAAGUCAUUCAUGGUUUUUAAGUAGACUCUUAAAUGAACCAGAUAUCCUGUUUCCCUAAUAUUGUAAUCUUUUGAGGUUUAUGUGUGUAUGUGUCUAUGCAUCUGUGCACGUAAGUGUUAUAAACACACAUGCACGCACGCACACACACGCAUGCAUGCAUACCCAGACACAAAUUGAAGAAAAAAUACCUCAACACCAAGUGACAGUUUACAAGAAAUAAACACACAAAAGCUACACCACAGGAGAAGUUUGAUUCAUCCACUUUGCAUAUUCUUUUCACUUUCUUUAAUAUUUAACUUUAGCAUAUAGUUAUGUAAUAUCUAGAUAUCAUAAAUGUAGAAGCUUUGGCUAAAAUAAUGUCAACAGUUGUCCCAAAUUAACUUUGUACAGAUGUUCUAAAAUAUAGUCAAUGAUUAGGAAAUAUAUAAAAUGCUAUUAUUUUAAAACAGUUAAUAAGAAAAGUGAUACAAUUAUGAACUUUUAUUGGUUAUAUUAAAUUGCAAAAAAACUUCCUUUUUUAACUUUGGUAUUUUUAAAAAUUAAUUGUUGCUUUUGCUAUAGACUGAACUAUGUAAGAAGUCCCUUUCCAUACCAAACCUAUAAUGGUAUUCUGGUAAAUUAUUUAACAGCUGACUUUCCAGGAGGAAAAAAAAAUCCCUGAUUUGUGACAUUAGCCAAAACAAUCUAAAUUGUUUUGUCAUGGCCAUUUUCAAGCUACUAACAUAACCCUAACCAGCUUGUAGAAUUCCUGAAAAUAUAUAUGUCAGCUCUCCUGUAUCAGUAUAAGCUGGCUUCAGCACACCAUUGAGAUAGACUGUGCGUGUGCUAAGUCACUUAGUCAUGUCCGACUCUUUGCAACCCCAUGGACUGUAGCCCGCCAGGCUCCUCUGUCCAUGGGCUUCUCCAGGCAAGAAUACUGGAGUGGGUUGCCACUUCCUUCUCCGGGGGAUCUUCCCGACCCAGAUUAGAUGACAAUGAUAUAAAUAGAUGAUAGAUGGAUAUGAUAGAUAAAUAAAAAUAUAGCAUGUAUAUAUAUACAUAUACAAACAUGCACAAUACAAUCAGAUUUCAGAUUAUUCUUAAAAUGCUACCCUCAAGCCCAGUAGACAAAGUGCUACACAGUUUCCUGUUUUUCCAUCUUAAUUUCUAACACUGUAAUCUUCCUUUAACAUUAAUAAAAUGAUACAAACUUGCUGGAAAAGGAAGGAGUUGAAAGCAAAAAUAUAUAUAAUUUUGAAGAAAUUUAAUGAAAAUCAGACCUACACAGCUGCAAAGACGCUGUUUCACUUUCUCUAGGAAUCCAGAGCCCGGGAGCCAUACCGUGAAAAGUCAUUCUCUGUAAAUAUUUGUAAUUUCUAUGAUUCAGUUUGAACUUCAGUGAUCCAGUUUAUUCAGUUAUUUUCUCCAAGCCCUAGAUUCUCGGGCAAUUUAAUCUUUGAAUAUUUUCUAUGUCAUAACUGGGUUUGAAAUGAGGUUUGUGGGAGGACAUACUUUUAUAAAAUUUGAUGUUUAUUCAACUAUAGUAAUUUAUAAUUUUACCUUUUAUAAAACCAAUACCUAGGCUUAAUUGGGAAACAAAUAUUUGCUCAAAGCAAGAGGCGGUUGCAGAAUGCUUGAGUUAAGUUGGGUGGGAGGAGAGGCUGAGAGGAGAGCUGGUGCGUUCUCUGCAGGCGGCCCCGGAAGGAUCACAGUUUACAGCGCGUGCCCGCCGGCGCUUUCCUACCAGAUGUCCUCUUGGUCAAACAUGUAAUCUGCUCCUUGUGAAUGAGCUGUCUUUUCUUCACACAACACUGAGAAAACUAGGGAAGACUCAGGCUCAGAGCAUGGUUCCUGUGUCCAGGACAGCCACAGUAUUGUUCAAAUAGAGAGGCUUCCAGGCAAAUCAGUCUUUUAGAACUAGUAUCCUACAUAUCCUUCAUUGAUUUUCAACACUUCUGCUGAAGUCUCCCUUUAUUAGUCUUCUCCCCAAGGGACACUUUUGAGAAGACUCCUAGAGAAAAAUCUGUUUAAAAUGUGUGCUCUGUUUGCUGUGAAUACCAGCUGCUUUGACUUGAUCACUUACACAGGAUGUCAGUUCUACCUUCUUCUGUAGCAAUCUAAAUGGUUGGUACAGUAAAUGGAAUAGGAGCAAGAUGAAAGGCACUUCAGAGAUGGAGCAUCUUUAAAGCAUUUACAAACCAUUAUUGGGACACUAUCAGCAGUGUGGGGCUGGCAGGAUUUAGCCCUUUGGUGGGUCACUAUCAGCACCCCCUAAUCCCCAUCCUCAUCCAUGGAAAUUACAAUAUAAUCUAAAAUCAAAAAGAGGAGCUUUAAAAUCCUCAAAAUGAUGCUACUACUUUUAAAUUAAAAUAUACAAGUUAACUGUAAACAGCAGGCAUUUUAAUGCAAAUACAACUGUAAGGUGAAUCCCCUGGGCAACAGGAUUCUAACCAGCUUGCUGUCCCUGAUCACUUCCUACCCAGAAAUUCUGAAACCACCACUGGAAAUGAACCCUGCAGUGCAUUACAGAAGGCUGAAGCCUACCAUUUCUGAAUGGAAGCACUGUUGUGCAACAUCUUAAGUACAACAGUAAAAAGAGAGUUAAAAUCCAACAUUGUAAUCUGGUGAAAGAGUCAGUAUUUUUGAUCCUCGUAUUAAAGUUCAACCUUGAGUUUAGCAAUUCCAAGCAACAGCCUUUGACCAUCAACCUUGAGGGAAAGUAAAGGAGUGUGUGGAGGCUCUUCAGUCUCCAGCCCAUUGUCCCCACAACAUGUGGUGCCCGGGACAUCCAGUUCUUAAACCUGAACUCCCAAAUCCACUAUAUCCCAGGAUCAGCCCUCCCACAACAAAUAUACACAUAAGGACAUGCUGAAGUUUUACCAUUCCAAGAAAUAUAUCAAUACAAGGAUGAGUUAUCACUUCUAAUGUUGGGCUCUUUGCUUUGAGAUCAGCUUUUUCUUUCCUUUCAAAAUACAUUAAAGCAUUUCUUCCAUAGCUAAUAAGUUCAGAACAUUACACAGGACUUCCUUGCAUUUUCCCUCCAUCAUAGGGUAGAGAAUUUCAAUGUCAUGAUGACUGGGCAGUAGGACAGGGGCCAUUUGCAGGAUCUCUCUGCUUUCUGCCCUCCAGGAGGCUUCUUCUCAACUGUACCAUGGGGAUGUUUGGUUUUAAUCUGGGUCUUCUUGGAAAGGCCAUUUGAAGCCUGGUGCCCCUUGCAAGGCCUUGAGGAUUGGAUGUUCCUUAUUGGUGAGUUGAGUCUUGGAAAUCCUCUAAUUAUCUGACACACCAUGGAAAUCAUGGCAAUACUGGGCGGAUACCAGGAACACUGAUAACUAUGAUUGUGUUUGAUGUUACCAUGUUUCAAAUCACAUCUUGAUGAAAAAAGAGUAAGUCUGGAAUUUCAGGAGCUUUUGUGCAAGAGACUGAGACUCAGCAUUUAAUCUUUUAUUUCAGUUUGAUCUGUGCAAAGAGACUGGGAACCAAACUUUUAAAAGAAAUAUUCUAAAUGAUAGGAUGAAAGCCAGAAUUCAACAGUCACAUACUGACAGUCCCUGUCCCCAACUCUGUUUUCGAGAGAUGGAAAGAGGAUUGGAUGGGGAAGAGUGAGUGGUAUAAUUGUUUCUUUCUGCUACAGAGUAGUCAAGCAGUAAGGGGUCACCACACAGCACACUAAUGGUGGCUUUCUGAGAGAUCUUAGCAUCACUGGUCCAACGAUAGGUGACAGUCUUCCUGCCAUGUCCCUGAGACAUCUUGCAUUUUGAGAGACAGAAAAAAAAAAAUGUGGGGGAGGGGCUAAAGCUAUUUAUCUUUUAUGUACACACCAUUACUCCUCAAAAUACUGCAAGCAUUUUUAGCCCACAUCAUACCUGGCCACAAUACUAACACAUGUACUUCACACAAGUAAAUUGUUGAUUAAAUAAAAGUAAAAGUGUAUUCUUACCUGUCUGUUAACUAGGGUUAAUUUCCUGAAGUGUAACACACUUUGGCUCAAGUAAAAACAUCAUUUGAAGCAGCAACAGCUCAGAUCUUCUUCAUUCUAGAACCAUUUCACACAGUACAUCCCAAUACUUGGUGUUUAAUUGAGAGACACUCCUGCCUUUAUUCAAGAUGUAACAGCCACCCUCUGUGUUCCUUAUGAGGGAACACUGGCCUGAAGCGAGAAUGGUGUACUGUGUGUUACUAGCGUCAGGUUGUAAAAUUGUUGACAGACAGUGUAAAAAAAUGUGUCCAUUUUAUUAAAAAGAAAAACAUUGUAUAUAAUAACUAUUGCCCUGAAACAUGUAUCAUACUCACUCUAAUAAACUUUUCUGCAUGGUCUAACAUGAAGUAUAUUCACUGCUUGUCUAUUUGCCUCAUAAUAAACUCAUUAAAAUGAACAGCUUAAGGGUGCGUGCAAAUGACUUUUACUGGACCAACUUGUUAGAAGAAAAUAUUUUGAUUGCAUUCAAGAACAAAGAAGCACUAACUCUUGAUUCUAGUCAUUUAUUAAGUGCCUGAUUUCAAUACAUGUUAAAAAAGAAAUUGGUUAUCAGGUAACAAUGAUUUAAGAUGACAUGAUUAGAAACAGCUGAGAAACCAAAAAUCUAUUGUGAAUGUCCUAUGUGUGGUGCAUCCUGUACACUGAUUUGAGGUCAGAAGUUUGGUAUUUUUGUAUAAUUCUAUCUUAUCUUGUGCAUCAGCUGUGUAUUUUACGUCAAGGUAAAUGAGCAUCCUGUCUUAUAUGUUAAUAAAAAAAAAAAAUGACUCUUUCAAAGAAGAAUGUGACUGCUGUGAUUUUAAGUACAUGAAUUUUGUCCAAGAUUAGUAUUUCUUUCAAAGCACCAUUUUUUUUUUUUUUAAGCUCCUUGGUAGGUUUCCACUUUAAUGCUUCUAAGCGGAAAAAACAAAAAGCAAAUGCAGUCUGUCUGCGGUGCUUCCUUUAUACAAUAUAGCAAGGAGAUUAGUCUUUUGCAAACUUGAGACAAAAACCUCAGAAUCCAUUAUUACUACCUAUCUUCUCCUAAUGAGAUGUUUUAAUAAUAAAUUAUCGGCUGUAUAAUAAUAGAUUGGACCACAUAGUAUAAAACAAACAAAAAAACUAAGUGAAAAAAGUUAUUUUCUCUAUUCAGCCUAUAGUUUAAAGAAAUAAUUUCAUAUAUAAGGGCUAGAAGUAAAUGCUGGAAGAAGUUUAAUAACAUGUGUUCAUCUUACAAAAGAUUUUAUCCUCAAACUAUGCAGUAGAGUGAAUGAAGGAGAUAUUUUAAUGGAAGAAAAAGACUGACUUAUGAAGAGGUUAUCUGUAAGGUCCUGGACCAAAUUUGUGUCAGUACAUGAUUCCAAUGCACUAUCUUUUCCUCUCUGACUAUGAGUACAAUAAUUCUUUUCCCACUUCACCCUUCACCCAGGAGGAAAAGGCAGUGGAGGUAGUAGAGAGAAUCUGGCUAUAUUCUCUGUAAAAUAAGUGGCAGGCACAGAAACAUUAUUAUUUUUAAGUGUAGAGCAUAGACACAACAUUUGCUUUUCUUAUCCUUUGUGGUGUCCGAUAAUAAAAUUAAUGUGAUAAUCAUAAGCAGAUUUUAGUAACAAUGUUCACCAAAUAGAAGUGAUCAUUAAAGGGACUGCAGAUAAUUUGUUUUCUUCUUUAGAAUAGCUAUUUGAAUUGUUUUUUAAAAGUGAGUGACAAUUUUUAGAUUAGGAAAAAAUCUUUUAAGGUAAAAGGAAACAUAUUCACAUUGUAAAACAAUUUGAAAUUCAGAAAAAAUAAUUUUAAAACAAUCAUUUCACCAGCACCAGAAAUUACUAACAUUAAGUUGUCUUGUUUCUGAGCAUACAUAUUUAUUUUUUCCAUAUUUCUAUUUUGACAUACUUCAAAUCACAAAGAAAUGGUAUGCUGUGGGUGUUUUAAUUUUUAAAAUUUUUCUUUCAUAGUAAAAGGAUGAUAGCCAUCAAAUUCCUUCCCUCAUCCUGGAAUUGGCAACAGGAAGGAAAAUUACCCCCAUAUUCUCUCAAGUUAAUAACCAUUAUACACAUAUACACAUGCCAUACUAGUCCGUGUCAAAUAAUUAUUUCUUUAACUACUUCUUGAAGCAGCAGUGGUACAGGGCAAAGAGCAAGGAGUAAACAGGGAAAGAUGGGAAAGGUACUCUCACUAAAAAUAAUAGCAACUGUGGCCUCAUUUAUCACACAAAACAAAUUUGUUUAGUCACUCAGUCAUGUCUGACUCAUUGUGACCCCAUGGGCUGCAGCAUGCUAGGCUUCCCUGUCCUUCACUGUCUCACAGUUUGCUCAAACUCAUGUCCAUGGAGUCAAUGAUGCCAUCUAACCAUCUCUGUUAGAUGCCAUCUAAUCUCAUCCUCUGCCAUCCCCUUCUCCUCCUGCCUCUUCAAUCUUUCCCAGCAUGAGAGUCUUUUCCAAUGAGUCAGCUCUUCACGUCAGGUGGCCAAAGUAUUGAAGUUUCAAUUUCAGAAAAUGAAUGGUAAUAUGACAAAUGUAACUCUGACCAUAUCAGUAAUAAUGUUAAAGGUAAAUGGUCUGAACAGUCAAAUCAAAAGUCAGAGAUUGCCAAACUGAUAAAAUAAUAAGGUCCAUCUAUAUGUCCUCUAAAAGAGAUUCAAAGGCACAAAUAAAUUGAACAGAAAAUUAUGGGGGAAAGAUACCAUGCAAAGAAUAACCAUAAAAGAGCUGGAGGCGACUAUAUUAAUAUCAAACAAAAUGAACUUAAAGAUGAGUGCAAUUCCAUAUUACUCAGCAAUAAAAAGGAAUGAAAUUGGGUCAUUUGCAGAGAUAUGGAUGGACCUAGAGUGUCAUACAGAAUGAAGUAAGUCAGAAAAAGGAAAUAUCAUAUAUUAACACACAUAUGUGGGAUGUAGAAAAAUGGUGUAGAUGAUUUCAUUUGCAAAACAGAGAUAGUGACACAGACAUAGAGAUCAAACAAAUGGAUACUGAGGGGGAGAAGUGGGGGGUGAAUUGGAAGGUUGGGGUUGAAAUAUAUGUACUAGUAAUACUAAAAUCACUGCAGAUGGUGAUUGCAGCCAUGAAAUUAAAAGACGCUUACUUCUUGGGAGGAAAGUUAUGACCAACCUAGAGAGCAUACUAAAAAGCAGAGACAUCACUUUGCCAACAAAGGUCCGUCUAGUCAAGGCUAUGGUUUUUCCAGUGGUCAUGUAUGGAUGUGAGAGUUGGACUGUGAAGAAAGCUGAGUGCCAAAAAAUUGAUGCUUUUGAACUGUGGUGUUGGAGAAGACUCUUGAGAGUCCCUUGGACUGCAAGGAGAUCCAACCAGUCCAUCCUAAAGGAGAUCAGUCCUGGGUGUUCGUUGGAAGGACUGAUGCUGAAGCUGAAACUCCAAUACUUUGGCCACCUCAUGCGAAGAGUUGACUCAUUGGAAAAGAUCCUGAUGCUGGGAGGGAUUGAGGGCAGAAGGAGAAGGGGAUGACAGAGGAUGAAAUGGCUCGAUGGUAUCACCGACUCAAUGGACAUGAGUUUGGGUAAACUCCGGGAGUUGGUGAUGGACAGGGAGGCCUAGCGUGCUGCUAUUCAUGGGGUCGCAAACAGUUAGACAUGACUGAGUGACUGAACUGAACUGAACUGAACUGAAUACUCUGUAUAAAAUAUAUAGCUAAUGAGAACCUAUUGUAUAGCACAGGGAACUCUACUGAAUGCUCUGUGAUUACCUAAAUGGGAAGGAAAUCCAAAAAGAGGAGAUAUACGUAUACAUAUAGCUGAUUCAUUUUACUGUACAGUGGAAACUAACACAACAUUGUAAAGCAACUACAUUCCAAUAAAAAUUAAUUUUUAUAAAAUGAA